UAUCCCAAAAGCAGCAUCCUUCCCUACAGCGUGAGAUAUCGCUCAUGAACGCACCACGUUAUGGCUUAACGCGUGGUGCUCCGGGCCAAACGGAUUCUUUUGUGCAUAUUCUAAUUUAUACCGAACAUUUAUGAAGGAACAGCAGCACAAUCUGGCUUUCCGUGACCCACAAAUAAACACCCCGCAUGACCGAGGGAAUGAUUUAACGGCGCGCGCAAAUCGACUUCAUCCACUGAGAAGGCGUUUUUUGGGAUUGUAACAAACUGAAUGAAGACAAACGUGGGGAAGAAACGUUUUAUUGACUAAAUACGUGUGGUUAUCGGUAACGGUAGGCUGAGAAAUAUUAAAAAUACAAAUCAGGCAUCCUGAGGUAACGUUUAUUAUUGUUGACAGGGGAAAUACCGUCGACGUUGUUGGUAUGUGCAUCAGUCGUUAAUAGGAAAAAGCAACUAAAUAUUGUUUAAAAAUAUAGGGAAUGUAUUCACAUGUAACGCAGACGCAUGAAUGAGUUAUUAUUAGCAUAUUUUGGUGAUUAUUAUUCCCUGUUAGACAUAUGCUUUGAUGUUUGACAGUUGGAAAUUACAGACGCUUUAGCAAAAUAACAGAUGGCAUGAGCCAUAACUACAUCCGGUUAUAGUAAACAUUUACUGCAUGUGUUAGCAACUUCAUAUGCAUUUAUUUAAAUAAGACAAAGGCACUAACAUUACAUCCAGUAUUGAAGUUAAAUGCAUUGGUAGACCGCUACAGUUGUUAUUUUAUGUACAACGCAAUGUAAACAUUUUUAAAGCAACCAUUUCACCUCUUCAUAAGGAUUCACGGAUUCUGGGAAAUAUAUCUUAACGUUCACACAUUAACAUAGGCAAUAACUUAAAAUACAUAAGCAAUAAAUAUCAUUUGGAGUAAAAGGGAAUGUCUGAAUGUAUGUUUGCAUGAAGCCAAAGACAUAAUCACUAAGAAGAUUUAUUUUCAAUUCUCACUGUGGAAAUCAUUGCAUCACUUAAAAUUGUUAUUUUUUCUCAGGUUAAAUCAGCCAGCGGAUGUUUAAUGUAAAAGUAUAACAAAAUCCUUAGUUGUACUUGUCUUCCAUUACAUGCAUAAAUUUCUCAUUCUAAAAUAAUCACAAACCUCAGCUCAAAGUCUUCCACUGUCAACAAAACUUCGCUGUUUAGCGAACAUAUCACUAUAUAUAUUUUAGAAAUCAGAUUAGUGUAUUUUAUCACUAAAAAGUAUAUUAAUAUUCAUUAUUAAGAAAAGUAUUUCUAAAAGCUAACAUAUAAAUAGGUCAAGAAGAGCAGUCACUGACUGAAACUUGAGUCUGCCAUCUCAGCUCUUUUUUCUUUCAUGGAGUAACUGAAUACUCUGUGCCUGGACUUAAAGCGAUCGCUUGCACAGAGGGCGUCACAUCUCUCAUACUUGCUCACUGGAUUCCCUUGCUCCUCAUCACAACACUUAUCUCGUACCAGACUAGAAGGACAGGAGGAAUCAUCAUCGGGGUCUGAAGUAAAAGUGAAGCCCACCAUCAUCUCCCUGUUUUCUACACUCAUCUGUUCUGAGAUCCAGAGGACGUAUUUACUUCGCAGAGCUCUUGGACUACUUGCAGAGAACUCCUGCUCUUCAGUUUGAGCCUGUGUUUUUGUGUGCGUGUGUUUGUGUGUGUGAAAGACAGAGACACGACUCUGAAAGCAACGCCUAGCAUCUGUGAAGAUGUCUGCACUGCGGCUUCUGUGGGUCCCUGUUCUGUUGGGUUUGACACACGAGGUCAGAAUUGCAAAAAGAUCAUGGGUUGAGAGCGAUGCAGAUGUCUCUGUGGAAACAGCAGGGUGAAGUGUGAGAGAAAAGAUACUUGGAAUAUCAGCUUGGCUCUGCAAUGGGGCGUGUGUGGAAGUGGACUCCGACACGGAGGCAGUGACGGGUCACGGCUUCAAAAUGAGCUGCAUCUCUUGCAAGAUGAGAGGGGAAGUACCAGCCUCCGCCACAGUGGACUGGUGGUUCAUGGCCAAAGGCGAGAGUGAAUUUUCACAUAUCUACAGUUAUGCAGAUAUGACAGGGUACAUAAUGGAUGACCGCUUCGAUGAACGCCUAGCCUGGAACGGCAGUAAAAAAACCGAGGACGUGCAGGAUGGUUCGAUUUACAUCCUUAACGUCACCUUCAACGACACCGGCACCUAUCGAUGCUUCUUCGACCGCAUCCUGGUCUUCACCAAUUACGAGCACCGCACCAACGCCACCAAGUUUAUCAACCUCAAUGUAGUAGGCAAAGCUACACGAGGCAUGGCGUCCAUCCUAUCCGAGAUCAUGAUGUACGUGUCCAUCAUCGGGCUGCAGUUGUGGCUGGUGGUGGAGAUGGUCUACUGUUACAGGAAGAUUGCAGCAGCCGGAGAGGAAGCUCUGAGAGAGAGCGAGGCGGAAUAUUUAGCUAUAACCACGGAGAGCAAAGAUAAUUGUGCAGGUGUAGCGGUGGCAGAAUAACACAGGUCCAAAAAAAGUCUCAAGCCAAAAGCUUGACGCUCUGUCCAUCACCAACGGCCUCCUCCGUCAUCCUCACCGACUCUCUGUGAAACCGCAGGGCUGCUGUUUUGACCUUUGUGUACGACUGGGACAGAACCGCCAUUCUAAACCAUCAGGGAAACACAGUCAGACGUUACGUAAAAAAGGAAAAGUUUUGUUUUAAGGCUCUAGGUGACAACUUUUGGGGUUAACGAAUGAACGAAGUAUUCAUUGGUUUAAGCAUGAAUCUGUAACACUGGAAAUGACUUGUACAUACAUGUUUUAGCAUCUAACACCUUUUUGCUUUUUCCACAUAAUGAGAACUCAGCUUUAAAUGCGAAAAAAUGUCACCAUGGUAUCUACUGAACCAGAGGACAUCACAAAAUAUUAUAAAGUGUAUAAAAAUCACUAGUCUAUGUACUGAGCCAGAGACAAAAAAAACAUAAGAACUGUUAAAUAGAAUGAUAUAUGUGAAAACAUAUCCAUUUAUAUCAUUAUUUAAAGAUCAAAAAUACAUAUUAAGAAACAGAAAAAUAAUAAAAUUCAAACUUUGUUAUAGCCUAUAUAUAUAUUAUGAGUGUAACAGUGCACAUAUUUGUAGAGAAAAACCUUCAAAGUAAGUCUUCUGUCAGAUGUGUUGUUUAAAGCAUUCAAAGUCUGUUUUCAUAGCGUAAAAUUUACAUCUUACGAUUAUAUCAUAAUCUGUAAAUGUUUGAAAUUCACGCUGGGGUUUCAUUUUGCAAUGCAAAACGAGGCUAAAUUUCACAGACAUUACUAAAAGAUUGCAGACGCACAUCCUGGCUAAAAUAUCCAACGUAGAAGUAAGGCUAUGUGCGAGACUUCCGGUUCAUUAGCCGCUAUACGAAAUACCGAGAAAAAUAACAAUGUGUAGUAAACGGUAAAGCUGUUUGCACUACAUAGGUGUGUUCAUAAUAAAGAUAAUACAUUAAUAUGGUAAGACUCAACAAUUUGCGAUUACAAACAGCAAAACCAGCUAUUUUGUAAGGCUAAAAAUAGCUGGACGCGGAUGAGACCGGAAGUACCCACUCUUACCAGAAAAAUAAGAUGCAUAAUGUUACAUUUUGCUAAAAAAUGUUCUAAAAGGUGGAACCACUUCAAAUUUCUUCCCUCAUUUUAGAACUAAAUCAUAAAGAGCAUCACAUUUUUUCCCUGACAGAACUUUAGGCUAGUUUGUUCAGUAAAGCACUGUUUAUUUAAAAGAAUAAUUAUACGUUGUGUAAAAUUGCUUGAUUUCCGACGUACCGAAAUAUCUGUGUACCGUUACACCACUAAUAUACAUAGAGAAAUCAUAACAUCUCAUGUUUGGCAGCUGAGGACUGUGAUUAGAAUUACAAAGCUAAUUAACGCACAUUUACAAGACAAGCUUCCAAUGUGAAAACUGCACCUGUCACGUACAGGGGAUUUGAACCUGAACUAACCACUGGUAAGCUAACAAUAACAAUAAUGUUCUCACUGAUAUGUAAUAGUUCACUUGAAUUGUCAUUGCAUCUACAAAACAUCACGACCAGCACUCUAUAUUUAGUCUGCCUUGGUAUUCAACAGGACAGAUUUUUAAUCACUAUUCAAAUUAUUCUCGUAAAAAAAUAACAGCGAAGCAAAUGAAUGUCAUAUAUAUGUCAAUACCAUAGACGUCAAGAAAAUGCAUUGUUGUGUAAGAUUCAUAGCCGAAUUUAUACAUAUGUGACGCUGGAUCACAAAACCAGUCAUAAGGGUCAUUUUUUCAAAAUUGAGAUUUAUACAUCAUAGCUGAAUAAAUAAGCUUUCCAUUGAUGUAUGGUUUGUUAGGAUAGGACCAUAUUUGGCCGAGAUACAACUAUUUAAAAAUCAGGAAUCUGAGGGUGCAAAAAAAUCAAAAUAUUGAGAAAAUUGCCUUUAAAGUUCUUCAAAUAAUAUUCUUAACAAUGUAUAUGACUAAUCAAAAAUUAAGUUUUCAUACAUUUACAGCAGGAAUUUUACAAAAUAUCUUCAUGGAACAUGAGCUUUACUUAAUUUCCUAAUGAUUUUUGCCAUAAAAGAAAAAUCAAUAAUUUUGACCCAUACAAUGUAUUUUUGGCUAUUGCUACAAAUAUACCCCAGCGACUUAAGACUGGUUUUGUGGUCCAGGGUCACAUAUAUUAUUAACAUACAAUGUGCCGUAGAGGAUGUGUGCUAUUAACCAUAUCCCAUGUUGGCCUCACAAUUCCUCCCAUUUUGUUUUUGUCUUCGCUGACAAGAUAAUCAAGGGCUGCAUGAAAUUGAUUGAGAAUGACUCAGAGUUUUAAGUGUUGGAAUGAUGAUUAAGCCUCUGGCUCUUCAUGCAUGAUGAUUUCAAAAGAAAACGGAACGAGAAGGCAGGAAUCAAUUGUAUUCAUUCACAAGUGCAGUAAAAACGCUUCCAGUCUUUCCUCUCCCUCUUAGUAGCCAAUUCCUGGUAGUGACUACAGAGGGCAGCACAACACUGCCAAAGUCUCACUGCCUUUAUGCAUGAAUGAACAUUCUUGAGACUUCCCAGCUCUGGUUUUCUUACUUUUAUAUCUUUCAUUCGGUGGUUGUUCGAUUGGUAGAUUUCUACUGCAUGAUUUUAAAUAGACUUUUAUGAGUACCGUCAUAAACACUGACACAGUUGUGACGCCGGCUUUCAUUCUCGACCGAGCAAAACUUAAACUCCACAGCUGCUUUUAGUGCUGUUAUUACUAAAACAUCGAUGGUUAUCGUAUUAACACUUAGAUGUCACAGAAUAUCGUCACUAUUUGACAAUAUCUGCACCUCUGUGGGAGUCUGUACAGUAUCAACGACUUUGCGGCCUCAACGAUUCCAAGAUGCAUUUCAUGUUAAAGUGAAAAUGUUGCUUGCCAAAUUAAUUAUGGACAAGAUAGUAUAUAAUAAAAACAUUUAAAAAUACAA